AUGAUUCCUAUCUCUUCUAGUCAAGUCGUCACUCCAACAUCACCUCCGACGGUUGAGGAACAACCAUCUUUAGAUUUAACCAUUAAAAUUCCAGAGGACUCGAAUGUUGCUAUUUCUGAAGAGAAAAAAAAGCAAGACGGGUUAACACCUCGGACCAUUGAAAAAAUGAAGAAAUCCGAGUUUCUGGGAAAUGGUCCCUUAGUUGCCACAAUUUGGAAGAUGACUUACCCAGAUCUGGUUGCAAAGGUUGUCAGUUCGUUAUACACUUUAGUAGAUUCUAUCUGCAUUGGACAAUUCGCAGGUGACACCGUUGAAGAGAGGAAGAUUUCCCUGGCGGGUCAGUCAUUUGCAUCGCCUAUUGAAAUGUGUAUUAUGGUGGGUCUUUCGUUAAUCUUUGCACAGGGCGGAGGCCCUUUAUAUGGCCGUUAUUUGGGAAGAAGAGAUGAAAAGACUGCUCGCCGCGUAGUUGGAAAUACCUUUACUAUGGAUAUUAUUCUUGGAAUCGUUAUGGCAAUUGUAUUGCCAUUGAUCGCUGAGUGGUUACUUGUUCUUUUAGGUGCUUCCGAGGCCGCUGGGACCUUGGAGCCUGCAAAAAAGUAUAUUUAUCCUUUAAUGUAUGCAGAUAUCCUCUAUAACUUCUGCUAUGGAACUAAUAAUCUGAUGAGAGGAGAGGGUGCUGCUCUGUAUUCUUGUAGUCUAAUGUUGAUUUCUGCAAUAAUCAACAUGAUUUUCGAUUUUAUAUUCCUAAAGUUCUUAGGAUUGGGGAUUCAGGGAGCUGCUUUUGCUACUAUUAUUGCCUAUAUUUGUUCGUCGUCAUUUGGUCUCUGGUUUUUCCUGUCCAAACGCUCGGCUGUCAUUGUUCGCUUAAAGGAUAUGAUUCCUGACUGGAAACUGGUUUUAGAAAUUAUGAAUACAGGUCUCAGUGGAAUGGUGAUUGGGCUUUCUAACGGAAUUAUGACGAUCGUCUCCAACCAGUUGGUUCUCAAUUUCUCGCCCUAUCCUCGUGACGAUCCGCUUACUGUUGCUGCAAUCGCUGCGUCGGGCAGUCUUUCCAGAAUGCAAUACUUUUUAUUUAUUCCUAUCAAUUCUAUUGCUCACGGCUGUGUGGCUCUUCUAGCCUAUUGCCGAGGAGCGAAACUAAGUAAGCGCUUCAUAAAUGCCUUGCGCGUGUGCUUUAUCGGGCAACUCAUAGUUUGUAUCAUUUUAUCGGCUGGUUGCCUCGUUUUUUCAAAUCAAUUAGCUACCUUAUUUAACAGUGAUGAGGAAUUUAUCAAGAUUUUCUCGAAGGGUCUUCGCUACAUGACAGCGCUUCUCUUCCUUUCUCCCUUCUCUUGCACAUUGUAUCCUGGAUUGCAAGCGAUUGGACGUGGGUUUGGAGCUGCAGUUGUUCUGUUCGGAAGAUCUUGUCUGUUUACGUGCUGUGCCCAGUUCAUUAUGUGCUGGAUCCGACAAGAUUACUGGGGUACUUUCAUGGCUUAUCCGUUCGCAGAUAUUGUCGCAGCCCUUUUCGCUACCAUCUACUACUUCUGCGUCCGUAAGGAAAUACACGGAGAAGAGAGAAAGAAAGAGUUACCUAUUCAGUGUUCUGUUUGUUUCUAUCAAACGCUUUCUUGGUAUAUAUAUAUAUAUAUAGUGUAUAUAGUAAAGGAAAAUACCAGACUUUCAAAACUCCAAAAUAAGUCCCCUUUUUCUUCCAAGUCUUAUACCAUUUCAAAGUUUAUUAGAUUCUGUAAGCUAGCUCAAUGGCAUCGAUUUCUGAGGUCACUGCUAAAAUUGAAGAGUUGGAAAAGCGUUUAG